GUUGACUCCUUUUCGCUUCUCUGACUCAAUUCUCUGUGUGCUGGAAAGAGAAAGAGAAAGAGAGCCAGAAACACACAAAACCAUAGGUGAAGAGCCUAGGUUCCACAGGAUCUUGUGGUCCAUGCAGUGGGAACCCCUUAGAACUUGAGGGGGAUGGGUUGAGUGCUACUGCGAUGAGCUUUUGAAAUAAGUUCAGAUUCAAUGCCAGUUAAUAUGAAGCCUAAGACAACUACAACCUGCAAAAAAGAUGGGAGUUAUCCUCAUGUGUGUCAGACAUCAAUUAAAAUAUUUAAACAACCAUGCCCCAUGGUCAGAUCAGAUGCUAAAGAAAAGGAAAAUUUAGCCAUCUCAUGUCAAUCUUCUCUAAAUGAUUUUUUAAAAAAUGAAGAAUCUUGCAAGGAUCAUGACAAUAAAGGAGACAUGGGGAUGCCUCAUCUUCCAUUCAAUGGAUGUACAUAUUCAGAAAUAGCAAUAGAUUGUUUUCCCUCUGUUUCCUCAGGUUCAGAAAUAAUGUGGCCUGUUUAUAAUGAUGAGCUUAAUUAUUCCCAUUGUCACCUAUCUGAAGGAGUUAAUUGGGAAAACUUAAAUUGGGCACUUGAUAUGGAUGAUAAUCCCUUAACCACAUGCCAAAUGCCUAAUGUGUUAGACUCCAAUGCACAUGAAACAAAGCAAAGUGGGUGUCCCAAUAUAAUUGAGGACACUGAGGGCCACCGUUAUGUUAACCUUUCUGCUCUUGUGCUUCCUGGCACUAAGGAGACAACUCCAAUCAUGGUGGAGGAGACAACAGGAACGGAAAAUUACCAUGAUUAUGGAGGGUUUCAACUUGAACAAAUUUGUGAUUCUUCAUGGUUUGAUCUCCUUUGCCAUCAGGCCACUCCAUUUCCGGAAAAUAUUCAUAUCAACUCCACCCAGCUUGAUUCAGGCAGAGUAGAUUUUUUUGAUCAGGAGGCAUUCUUUCUUAAAAAUUGCUUCGAUUUAUCGGAAACUUCCGAUGGCAUAUUGCCUGCAUUAAUAAGCCAGGAAACAGUCAGAAAGAAGGAUGUUACCCUUGUUCUUGACUUGGAUGAGACGCUGAUCCAUUCUAGCAUAGGGCAAUGCAAUGACGCUGACUUCACAUUUGAAAUGUACACGGAGAAGAAGAGCACAGUAUAUGUACGGAAGAGGCCAUUCCUCCAAGAGUUUCUGGAGAAAGUAUCUGAGAUGUUCAAGAUCAUCAUUUUCACAGCAAGCAAGAGAGUGUAUGCUGAAAAAUUGCUGGAUGUUCUUGAUCCUCAUAACAAGUUUUUUUCUCGACGAGUAUACCGAGAAUCAUGCACUUGGAUAGAUAAUCGCUGCGUCAAGGAUUUGACGAUACUUGGAGUUGACCUCGAAAAAGUAUUCAUAAUAGACAACUCUCCAGAGGUGUUCAGGUUUCAAGUUAAUAACGGGAUUCCUAUUAAAAGCUGGUUUGACGACCCUACUGACUCUGCUCUCAUUUCUUUGCUCCCCUUUCUGGAGAAACUGGUGGAUGUUGAUGAUGUUCGUCCCAUUAUUGCACAGAAAUAUGGGGCAAGCUAUUAAUUUUGCAUUCUUUGAAGCAGUACAUAACUCUGAUCUUAGGAUUCUAGAUCAACAUAGCUACCCAAUUUUCAUAGAGAGAAUUUACCUAGUUAGGUGGUUUUUUUUUUAUAUUUUUUGGGUUACCUAGCUAGAUGCUGAUUCUUUUUAAACAGUUUUGACUUUUGGUUAUUUUUUACAAAUGGCUAUGAUUCCACAGUAGCCAAAUAACAUUUAUAUUAAAGGGGAAAAUUGUAUAUAAACAUUAAGUUUCCAGUUUUGACUUAUGUUAAAAGGUUUGUUAUUGUCGCUGCCUUAUAUUAUCAUAUU